GUCAUUCCUCAUGUCUGCAUUAUGCAGACGGCUGGUUUCUAACUGGGGAAGCACACUGCUUUGAGGAAGAGAGAAGACCAUUUGUUUUGCAAGCGGCUGCAGGAGGUGCCAGUGGAUGCUUUGCCCUUGACAGAGGGCCAAGAGCCGACCGAAUCCAGGGGAGGAUUUAUAUGCAAGACGACAAGGCGAUGGCUACGCAGCGAGCUCCGGAAUCUGCUCUCGGCUUGUUGAUGAUGACAGAGGGCCGCCGGUGUCAAGUGCACCUUCUUGAUGACAGGAAGCUGGAACUCCUUGUGCAGCCAAAGCUUUUGGCCAAGGAGCUGCUAGACCUGGUGGCAUCACAUUUCAACCUGAAAGAGAAGGAAUACUUCGGAAUUGCCUUCACAGAUGAGACGUUCUACAUUGAAAGCAUAUCCUAUCUAAAGGAUAAUGCUACCAUUGAGUUGUUUUUCUUGAAUGCCAAGUCCUGUAUUUACAAGGAGCUCAUUGAGGUCGACAGUGAAGUUGUGUUUGAACUGGCUUCAUACAUCUUGCAGGAAGCAAAAGGAGAUUUUUCAAGCAAUGAAAUAGUAAGGACUGACUUAAAGAAGCUUCCAGCUCUUCCAACGCAGGCACUUAAGGAGCACCCAUCUCUUGCUUACUGUGAGGACCGAGUUAUUGAGCACUACAAGAAGCUAAAUGGGCAGACAAGAGGUCAAGCCAUUGUCAAUUACAUGAGCAUUGUAGAAUCUCUUCCAACAUACGGAGUCCAUUAUUAUGCAGUUAAGGACAAGCAGGGAAUUCCUUGGUGGUUAGGACUUAGCUACAAGGGAAUCUUUCAGUAUGACUACCACGACAAAGUGAAGCCAAGAAAGAUCUUCCAGUGGAGGCAGCUGGAGAACCUGUACUUCCGAGAGAAGAAGUUUUCCGUGGAAGUGCACGACCCUCGCAGGGCAUCUGUGACUAGAAGGACUUUCGGACACAGUGGCAUUGCUGUGCACACGUGGUAUGCCUGUCCUGCCUUGAUAAAGUCCAUCUGGGCUAUGGCCAUUAGCCAGCACCAAUUCUACUUGGACAGAAAGCAGAGCAAAUCCAAAAUUCAUGCAGCAAGAAGCCUGAGUGAGAUUGCCAUUGACCUGACUGAAACUGGAACUCUGAAGACUUCCAAACUAGCCAAUAUGGGAAGCAAAGGAAAGAUCAUCAGCGGCAGCAGCGGGAGCCUUUUAUCAUCAGGUUCCCAAGAGUCAGAUAGCUCUCAGUCUGCCAAGAAAGACAUGCUGGCUGCCUUGAAGUCCAGGCAAGAAGCUCUGGAGGAGACACUUCGCCAGCGCCUGGAAGAGCUAAAGAAGCUCUGUCUCCGAGAAGCGGAGCUUACAGGAAAAUUGCCAAGAGAAUAUCCCCUUGACCCAGGGGAAGAGCCCCCAAUUGUGCAGAGAAUAGGUACUUCCUUUAAACUGGAUGAACAGAAAAUACUGCCAAAAGGAGAGGAAGCUGAACUGGAACGCUUGGAGAGAGAAUUUGCCAUUCAGUCACAAAUCACGGAAGCUGCCCGACGCCUAGCCAGCGACCCAAAUGUCAGCAAGAAGCUGAAGAAACAAAGGAAAACCUCAUACCUGAAUGCACUGAAGAAACUUCAGGAGAUUGAAAAUGCCAUCAACGAGUACCGUAUCAAAUCUGGAAAGAAGCCAACACAAAGAGCCUCCUUGAUCAUAGAUGAUGGAAAUAUUGCCAGUGAGGAUAGUUCGCUCUCGGACGCUCUCGUUCUGGAGGAUGAAGACACUCAGGUUACCAGCACGAUAUCCCCUUUACAGUCCCCUCACAAAGGACUCCCUCCCCGUCCCCCGUUGCAUAAUAGACCAGCUCCUCCGCAGUCCCUGGAGGGACUCAGGCAGGUGCACUAUCAGAAGAAGGACUAUGACAAGUCCCCCCUCAAGCCCAAGAUGUGGAGCGAGUCAUCCUUGGAUGAACCCUAUGAGAAGGUCAAGAAGCGCUCUUCACACAGCCAUUCCAGCAGUCACAAGCGGCUUCCCAGCACUGGGAGCUGUGCAGAGGGUGGAGGGAGUAACUCCCUACAGAACAGCCCCAUCAGGAAUCUGCCCCAUUGGAACUCCCAGUCCAGCAUGCCAACAACUCCAGACCUACGGGUACGCAGUCCACAUUAUGUGCAUUCCACUAGGUCUGUGGACAUCAGCCCUACUAGGCUACAUAGUUUAGCACAGCACUUUAGACACAGAAGCUCCAGUUUAGAGUCCCAAGGGAAGCUCGUUGGGUCAGAAAAUGAGACGGGGAGCCCCGAUUUCUACACCCCUCGGACUCGCAGCAGCAAUGGCUCUGACCCAAUGGACGACUGCUCCUCCUGCACCAGCCAUUCCAGCUCUGAGCACUACUACCCUGCGCAGAUGAACGCCAACUAUUCCACCCUGGCUGAGGAUUCCCCCUCCAAAGCCCGGGAACGGCAGAGGCAGAGGCACAAGUCGGCAGGGAACCUGGUCUCCUCCAAUUCAGGGAGCAUGCCCAACCUGGCUGCCAGGAAUGGGACUGGCCACCACGGAGUCUAUCUGCACAGCCAGAGCCAGCCGUCCUCCCAGUACAGGAUCAAAGAGUACCCUCUCUACAUCGAAGGGAGCUCCACGCCGGUGGUUGUGCGCAGCCUGGAGAAUGACCAGGAGGGACACUACAGCGUGAAAGCACAGUUCAAAACAUCUAACUCCUACACGGCGGGGGGAAUGUUUAAAGAGAACUGGCAUGGGGAGGAAGCGGACUCCGUAAGGCUGACCCCCUCCCGUUCUCAGAUCAUCAGGACUCCAUCUUUGGGCAGAGAGGGUCACGAGAAGGGGUCGGGAAGGACGAUGGUAUCAGAUGAGCUGAGGCUGUGGUACCACCGGUCCACAGCCUCCCACAAAGACCACAGCCGCUUGUCGCACACUAGCUCCACUUCGUCGGAUAGCAGCUCCCAGUACAGCACCUCCUCUCAAAGCACCUUUGUGGCGCACAGCAGGGUAACAAGGAUGCCUCAGAUGUGCAAAGCAACGUCAGCUGCCUUACCUCACAGUCAGAGGAGUUCCACACCAUCUAGUGAGCUAGCGGCUACACCACCGAGCAGCCCACAUCACAUCCUGGCCUGGCAGACAGGAGACGCUACAGACAACUCACCCACUAUGGAUGAGUCUCAGUCUCCAACUCAACAGAGUACUGAUGAAUAGAGGAGCUACAAUGAUAGCUGUUACUUGGAUUCUCCCAUCUAUCCAGAACUAGCUGAUGUCCAGUGGUACGGACAGGAGAAAGCCAAGCCUGGAACUCUCGUGUGA